CCUGACUUGAGAAAACGAACUCGUGAGCUUCGUCUCGGGCCAAAGGUCGAACGGUAGGUCGAUUGCUGCACUGAUGCGUGACUCGGUCAGCAAGGCAAGCGUAUUCUGGUUCAUAUAGCUCUUCUCUUCCCUUCACACCUCACAUUUGCUUUUCUGUGCUCCCGAAUACUGUCUCUUUUGCAUUUACAAAUAGGACGGAAGAUCGCCAAUAUGAAAGCAGCAAGAUAUUAUGGCAAGGAAGACAUUCAGAUCAAGGACGACAUAGAUGUGCCGGAAUGUGGUGAGGGGCAAGUCAAAGUUGCGCCAGCUUACGUUGGAAUCUGUGGCACAGAUCUUCAUGAAUAUCUGGGAGGGCCGAACUUCUCACCUACCUCACCACAUCCAGUAACGAAGGAGAGCAUACCUAUCACGAUCGGCCACGAAUUCUCAGGCGUCGUCUCCGAAGUUGGCAAGGGUGUUACAAAGGUCAAGGCUGGAGACAAAGUCGCUGUGCAGCCGACGAUCUAUUGCGGACAUUGUGGUGCAUGCAAAGUCCAGGCCGAGAAUGCUUGUCCCAAUGGUGGGUUUGUUGGACUUUCGGGAGGCGGUGGUGGUAUGAGUGAGUUUGUGGUCGUCCCACAGGAGGCCAUCUUCCCACUCCCAUCAAACGUCGACCUUGAUAUAGGAGCAUUGGUGGAGCCUCUCGCAGUCGCGUGGCAUGCUGUAGACGCUUCCCCCAUUGCAGAUAUGAAAGAGCCGAAUUGUUUGGUCUUUGGAGGAGGUCCAAUCGGACUUGCUGUCGUGCAAGUCCUUUUGGCAAGAGGAGCGAAGACAGUGAUUUGUGCCGAAGUUGCAAAGAAGAGACAGGACUUUGCGAAAGAGUUUGGAGCACAUCAUGUCUUGGAUCCGACGAAGGUGGAUAUCGAGAGCACUUGCUUGGAGAUCUGUGGAGGCCUGAAUGGUCCAGAUCUUGUCUUUGAUUGUGCCGGAGUGCCCAAGUCCUUGGAAACAGCUUGCAAGGCUGUCAGGUCGCGAGGAACUGUGAUCAAUGUGGCCAUCUGGGAGAAGGAAGUGCCAUUCAACCCGAAUUGGUUGGUGUUCCGCGAAGCCAACUACAAAGCAGUCCUCGGCUACCAAGCAAAAGAUUUCCAGGGCGUAAUCGAUUCCCUGGGUGAAGGCAAGCUGAAACCGAGCAGUAUGAUCACCAGCAAGAUCUUGAUGGACAAGCUGGUCAAGGAUGGAUACCUGGCCCUCAUCAACGAGAAGGAUAAGCAUGUGAAGAUCCUGGUGGACGUCCAAGGCUCGUUGUAGCUACGGGAGGACUUGAAGCGUAUCUCUGGUAUAGACACGGAAGGCUGCUG